GUAAUAAGGGCGGAGUUUCGUGGACCAGGCAGUGGAAUUAGCAGAGAUGUUCUCAAGAGUGUCUGCGAAUUUCAACUGGCAAAGCAACCGGUGAAACCUUCGGAGUUCUCCAAGUAGCCAGAUCUAGCAAGCACGGACACUGCGUAUACUUUUUUACUUACAGUCAUUCUUAUUAUAUCUAUUGCUUUGUCGCAGCUUAAUCAUGUCAUAUUUUGGAGGAUAAAUUAAAUUGAUUGAUGAGUCAUUACUGCUUUGUGGGUAUUGAUUUGCAUAGCAUAUUUUACGCAAAUUAUGCUGUUAAUUUCUACUAGUCUUUGAAUUUCAAGAAACGCUUAACUUUGUUUUGCUACUAUUUGACGCAAAACGAAAACAUCCGGCUUUUCCUGAGGAAAAUACGGUUUAAAGGCAAGAAGAAAUACUGGUGUGCUAAGCCGGUGUCCCGCUCGGAGUUGGAUUGUCGUUUGUCCGUCCCUCCUGCUUCUUUUCUUCUUGCGUCAGUUUGUAAGUCAGCUCCCUGCUGGACGUGACAAUGCGCUCGUUGCUUUCACACAACUUUACAGAGGAGGGAUACUGGAAAAUCUGAGUGAAUUGCCAAGCAAUCUUUACUGGGAUUUGCACUCCGACUACAAACCACGGUGCUUGAGGGACUGCUUCUGGCUGGAUCUGUCUGUCAAUCUAUGUCACUUGCAAGCGAUUCGGACUGAUUCCUGAAAUUAAAAACGGAUGACACACUCGCGAUGAGAUUUUUUAUCUGUCUCGUCAAGUUGAUAACUGCUCUACUACCGCUGUCACCUGCUCAGAUAUUAUCUUCUUCCAGUGUAAGCAGAACUUCUGAAGUGAUGCCAUUUCAGGAAGUAUACAGAAGGAGUUUCUGCCGCACCAUUGAGAAACUAGUGGAUGUCAUUCAGGACUACCCAAAUGAGCUGGAGCACAUCUUCAGCCCUUCGUGUGUCCCACUGCUGCGCUGUGCAGGCUGCUGUGGGGAUGAGAACUUGGAGUGUGUUCCUGUUAAAACCUAUAAUGUCACUAUGCAGCUUUUGAAAAUCAAAAGAGAGAGACAAGAGUACAUUGAAAUGACAUUUAUUGAGCAUCAAAGUUGUGAAUGCAGACAAAAGAAAGACACAAUUAAACUGGAAAGAAGAAAACAGAGAGGAAAAGGA